CAACCCACUGGUGACGUCACUGAAUCCGGAUGUCGACUGCGGUAAGAGGAACGUUUGUUUUCUUAGAUUACCGACGGCUCGUUUUGGCAAGUCCGACCAGCACCAGCGAGAGUCCAUGUAGCAGUUAAGGUGUCCCAACCUUUUCAGCUGAACACUAUCUUACUGGGAUGAUAUCAUGGAUAGAGACAAUCAUCAUGAAGGAGAGAAAGAAGGAGUUAAAAUAUGUCAUCCGCACUUAGAAGUCAACAUACAAGCGGCCGACACGCUAGCGACCUCACUUUCACUUUUGGGGAAUCACAUGUUUCCUGACCUCAUGGCAAGAAAUGCUGCUAAAAAAGAGGAGCCCACAGAUUCGCUCUUGUCAGAUGUUCCAGCAGAAGAACCCGCUCUGGACUCGUCUCUUCCUAAUCUGGCGACCAAUUUAGAAAACGAGGGGUCUCAGAGCGACGUCUCCACCUUGGAAGGGGAUGGAAUAACCACCGAUGGCGCUCAAAACGACCAGAGCGACUCAGGAGAGUUUGUCGUCACCAUGCUGGCCAAGGCCAAGCUGGAAGAGCAGGGUUUGGGCGUCAAGGGACGGUCGUCUCCAUUGAUAGAGGUGGGCACUCAGGAGUCUCCGGCCUACGUGUCCCACCGUGACGAGGACGUGAUGGCCGACAGCUGGCGGCAGCACAGGAAGCAUGUAUUUGUGCUGAGUGAGGCGGGCAAGCCCAUCUAUUCUCGAUACGGCAGCGAAGAGGCUCUGUCGUCUACGAUGGGGGUCAUGAUGGCGCUGGUGUCCUUUGUUCAAAGUGGAGAUAAUAUCAUACGCUCGGUCUAUUCAGAGGAGAACACCGUGGUGUUCCUCCAGAAAGGCCCUCUGGUGCUGGUUUGCGUCUCCAGCAGCCGCCAGUCGGAGCAGCAGCUGCGCGGCGAGCUCCUCUACGUCUACUACCAGAUCAUCAGCAUGCUCACGCAGGCCAGCAUCUCGCGCAUCUUCGAGCACAAGAAGAACUACGACCUGCGGCGGUUGCUGGCGGGCUCUGAGAAGAUCCUGGAUGGCCUCCUCAACUUGGUGGACUCUGACCCCAGCUUCCUCUUGGCAGCCGUGCACUGCCUGCCCCUUGCCUCCUCUCUCAGGGAUUCGCUCAGUCAGAUCCUGCAGAAGGCCAUCACCCCCAACCUGGUCUUUUCCAUUCUCAUCGCCAAGAACCAGCUGCUCACCAUCGUGCAAGAGAAGACCGUCAUCGAGGAUGCCCGCUUGGAGCCUGCCGAUGUCCACCUGCUCCUCAACCUCAUCGGUGCCUCGUCCGCCUUCCAGGCCGGCGAGAUCUGGACUCCCAUCUGCCUGCCGCUCUUCAACCCUGACUGUUAUUUCUACGCGUACAUCUCCUACCUGGACCCUCCCGAGUGCACUGUGUGCUUGCUGCUGCUCUCCACGGACAAGGAGGCCUUCUACGCUGUGGCCGAGUGCAAGAGGAAGAUCGAGGAGGCCAUGGUGGCUCAGAACUCGCUCAGCCUCAUCGCCAAGGCGCAGUCGUACAGCGUGAGCCAGGUGGGCGUCUCUGACCUCAGGCAUUUCAUGUACAAGCCCUUCGACGUUCCCGACAACCACCGCCAGCUCACACAGUUCACCAGCCCAGAGAUGGAGGCCCCAUACAGCAGCGAGGAGGAGAAAAUGAGACUGCUGGACCUUUAUCGUUACAUGCACAGCCGCAUCCACAGCACCUCGAGACCCCUCAAGCUCAUCUACCACGUAGCCGAGAGGGAAACUCUGCUAGCAUGGGUGACAAGCAAGUUCGAGCUGUACACCUGCUUCAGUCCCCUAGUGACCAAGGCCUGCGCUAUCACGGUCAUCACCAAGCUCCUCAGGUGGAUCAAGAAGGAGGAGGACCGCCUCUUCAUCAGGUACCCGCCCAAGUAUUCCACCACGCCCAAUCCCAGCAAAAGCUCGCGGGCGGCCAAGUCGGACCAGCAGGACUCUACAGAUAAUAACGGCUUCCUGUCUCUCCUAUGAGACUGUCGGGAGAUCAGCGGGAAUCAAACACUACCUUUACCCACACUAUUUAAUUGAAAAGGAAGCGCUUUCCACGCAAAGCGAGCAGAGGUAGGAGAGUUUUAAUUUGAGCUGUUAGAAAGUGAUGACAGAACUAUUUAAGUGUUUUUAUGUGGUUUUAUUGUUCGACAUCUCAUGGACUAUGAAUGUAUCAGGUGAGACUUCUUUAUCACGAUUAUGCAAACCUAAUGUGGUGACAAAGAGCAGGCCGAAAGCAGCAACGGUCGUAAUAAUUCAUCAAAUGUAUUUUUUUAGCCAUAAACGCAACAACAGGUAAAAAAACAUAGGAAACCUUUUCCCGUUACAACCCAACUGUCCUGACGCCAUUUUUAAGUGUUCUCAUUCCACAAGGCUGUUUCCAUUCUCGCACUUCCGUACUUGGACUGAAUAUUUUGAGUGCAUACUGUAGCUGCGGCGUCAGAAUAAAGGUGUUGCACUCAACUCGAUAGAACUAACCACGCUUGACUAUGUAGCGGAAGUGGAGGGACUAACUCCAGUGGUUGCAAUUCACAAUUAAAAAGGAGCGAAGGUGACGCGGAUAAAUAUCGACAACAUUUCUGGUAAGUGCGCAAACACUGUAAUGUAUCCGUGACAGUCAACAGUGGCGCCAUCAGGAACUACGUACACCAUUUUACAUAGGAUACAUUUUGAAGUGUGCGAUUUUGGAACAUAGCCGGUGUAUCAAUCGGCACACUUCCAUAUUCGCUCUUAGCGUUUCGAGUGCAUACCUGCGUUCAUACUGAGUAGUAUGGCAAAAGUAGUCGGACUUUGCAGUCAAACGGUGAGUGUGCAGUGAUGGAGACUAAGCUAACCGCCCCCGGUCAACGUUACCUUGGCCAUGUAGCGGAAAAGGAGGGGGCUGAUGUGAGUUACUGCAAUUUACCAUUAAAAAGAAACAAAAGACUGUCAACAUUGGCACCCUCAAGAGCAGACCUGGGCAAAUUAAGGCCCGGGGGCCACAUGCGGCCCGUUAAGCUUUUCAAUCUGGCCCGCCGGACAUUCCCAAAUAAUUUUUUUCAUCUUUAAGAUGUAAACUUUAGCUGCCAUUAUGAUGUGCAGUCAUGUUUUCUAAUGACCGUAAGUCUUGAACUAUACUAAGUAUUUCAAUGGUUGGAAUUUGUGCUUUUGCAUGAUAUAGUAGUUACUAUGGUCAUCUCAGUAACAGCAGCUCAGACGAGGCACCAAGCACUGUGGGUGGGGAGCGUUUCCACAGAGUGUUUCCAGAGCGGCCAGCUUGAAAUGCAGGUGUCAGGGACAGACGUGGAAGGAGAUUUUUACAACAAAGUUCUAAAGUUUAGUGAUAUAUCAGAUAGUAGGUGGAGUUUUCUUACCCUUCGUGUUCAUAUUUCGCUGUUUGUUGCAUUUCGCUUGAUUGUAAAAUAUGUCGAUCGAGUGGGGGUGUAACGUUCAUAUGUUGUCAAUAUUCAGUGUUUUAUCCUUCAUAGUUAAUAUUGUAAAUCCCCAGUUCUUUAUUUUCAUUCAGUAAAAAAAUAUAAAAUUACAUUCCGUUUAAGGCGGUCUGUCAAAACGUUUUUAGCACUCAAUCAGACAUAAUUGUGAGGUUUUGUAUUAGUGUUCCUAAAAAUAGAUAUACCGGCCCCCAGACACAUUUUUUCUCUAAAUUUGGCCCCUCGAGUCAAAAUAAUUGCCCAGGCCUGCUCAAGAGUAUGCAGUAUACUUUACAUAUUGAAAUGUAAGUAUGGAAGUGCACAAUUUAGAAAACUCCAGAAUUAAGGCGUCAUGGCUGUAUUACAAUUGGCACACUUUCCUACUUACACUUCAAUAUACAGUAUUUGAAGCACAAGUAUGUACACUCAUUGCAUACUUAGUUUUAGAGGACGGCAAUUUUGACAGUGUAAUGCUGACCUAACUAAAUGACUAACGUUGUGCACUUUCCGGAAAUGCGUAAAUUAUUCUCUCCUUUUAAUGGUGAAUUGCAACCACUGGAGUUGGUCCUUCGCCUUUCGCUACGUAGCCAAAAUGGCAUUGACUGAAGGCGGUUAGGAUCCACGGCUGCAGCAACUGUGUACUGAAAGUAUUUGUCUAUGGAUAUUGUCAUUCAUCCAGGUCAUUGUAAUCUCAGGGCAUUCAAUCCAUCGCAACUGGACUGAAGCCUACUUGGAUGAGAGGCGAAAGGUCUUCUAAGACAAACCAAACAGUCUAGUUGAGAUCGAUUUGAAUGCCCUGAGAUUUGCUGUAAUUGUUAUAUGAAUGCACUCAAAAUGACUAAGUGUGGGUAAGUAUGGAAGCCAACUGAAACCCUGUCUUAAAACGUUGUACUGUAGUUUGUUUCUUUCUGUAGAGAAUUCAGGAUCCUUUUCUAAGUCCGGUUUUGUAAGAAAGACAGCAGGCUCGUUCUGUCUGUGGUUGUCACUUUAAAGUCUUAAAAGAGUAUUAAAUGUCUAAUAGUAUUAAGAAAUAAAUGCACAAAUACUGUUC